AGCUCCGUUUCGUAAUUCUGCAGACAUGCUUGGGUACGCGCACAGAACAAUCUCUCUCUCUCUCUCUCAUCCGUGAUCGGAACCGUCCGCCGCAAAUUUAUCAGCAGUCUCGCCGGUGUAUAUUGGGCGUGCGGUGAAUUUUUUCGGCGAGGUAAGGAUUCUGCUUCCGCUUUCUGCCUUUCACACAGUCCGGGCAAGUUCUCGAUGUUCUGAAAAUUUUGGGGGUAUUCUUCGUUUCGGUAUGGAUCUGGCGAAGUUUGUUUUGGGGAGAUGUUGCCGGUUCUUUUGAUGGUUAAUUAGGGCCGAAUUUCGUGUUAGUUUGAUUUUCAAUUAUGGGGUUUUGAUUAGGGUCAAUGCAUGAGAUGGAAGAGGGAGCGACGUCUGGUGGGGCUUCUGUAAAGAAGAAGAGUUCUUCUGGGUGUUUGAUCAUAAAGAAGAAAGGGGAUGGAGCGGGCGGUGUUGGGACUCCGGGAUCAAUAAAGGUUUACCAGUCCAAUAAGGCGAAGAAAAAGUCCCGCUUGGUUGUCAGUGACUCGAAACCAAGUGGUGAGUUGUCAGAGCCAUUUCGGAGGAAAGUUGUUUCCAGAACUGAUAAGUUCCGAAACAGCUGCGUGCAAGAUAGCAAAUGUUAUCGGGAUGGAGAAAUACAGAGUGAUAGAAAGAGGAGGCUAGACGUGUUCGAGUUUGAUGAGUAUGAUGCAAUUGAUGGAAAGAGGAUGAGGAAGGGCGAUUUGCAGGAUAGGUUUAAACUUAAAAAUGAGACUGGUGGACAAGCAGUGAGUAACAAGAGAAAGCUUUCUUAUAUAGAUAGUGCAGGUAACUCAUCGGGUGGGAGGAAAGACAUGCCCGGGAAAAAUAGGUUAGAUGUGGAUGAUGAUGAAGCUGAUUUACCCAUUUCAGCCUUGAGACAGAAGAUUCAUGUGCAAUCUAACGAUUCCAUUAGGUUGCAAGGGAAAAAUGGUGUUUUGAAGGUUUUAGUAAACAAAAAGAAGAAGAUGGAUCUGCCUCAGAAGUUCUAUGACCAUCAGUUGGAAGUUAAGGAUAGAAAGGGUUCAAAGUCUGAAAAAGCUGUCAGGAAGAACCUGUCUGUUAGACCAUCAUUUCCCUCGGAUUCUAAACUUCCUAAAAAAGAAAAGUCAUUUGUUAAGACAGAAAAGAGUGAGCCAGAACUGCAAAAAGCAGUGACUGCGAGUGCUAAGGCUGGAAAUUCAGAAAACGAGGACAAGAACACAUCACUAAUGCUGGCAUCAGCAAGCACACAAUCUCCUGGCUCUUCAAAGUUAAACAGUGGAAGGAAAGCCCCAUCAGCUGAAAAAAUAUCACCUGUAGGAAAGAAGAAAGGAAAAGGUAACCGUGGUCGUGGCACUGAAAAGCAAUUAUUGCGUGAGAAGAUAAGGAACAUGCUUGUAAGUGCUGGGUGGGCGAUUGAUUAUAGACCUAGAAGGAACAGAGACUACUUAGAUGCAGUGUAUAUUUGUCCCAUGGGAACAGCAUACUGGUCCAUUAUAAAGGCUUAUGAUGCACUUCAAAAGCAAUUGGAGGAAGAGGAUAUAGAUAUAGAACCUAGCAAUCACCCCUCCCCACUUACUCCAUUAUCGGAUGAGUUACUUAGUAAAUUGACAAGGAAAACUAGGAAGAAGAUUAAAAGGGAAAUGAAGAUGAAGCGAAGGGACAGUAGUAGGAAUAAAAAUGUUAAUGGAGUUGGCAUGGAAGAGUUUGCUGACGGCACUGACAGUGAAAAGAAUGAUGAGAAACUAAGUAGUUCCACAAAGCAGAAUGGUAAGUUGCUAACAGGGAGAUCACAUGAAAGAGCAAAUGUGAGUGGUGAUGAUUCAAGUGGUACUUCACACGAGAGAUCACGCAAGAAGAAGAGGGAAAAAAAAUUGUCUACUGCAACCAAUUCUCGUUUGAUGGUUGCUAGAAGUCGUCGAAAAAUUGGCAGAUGUACCUUGUUGGUUCGCAGUUCUGAUAAUGUGCCAAAUUCAGAUAGUGAUGGCUAUGUUCCAUAUAGAGGGAAAAGGACCCUGUUGUCCUGGCUGAUUGACUCUGGCACGGUGCAUUUAAGUGAAAAAGUGCUUUACAUGAACCGUAGACAGACACGGGUGAUGCUAGAGGGUUGGAUUACAAGAGAUGGCAUACAUUGUGGUUGCUGUAGCAAAAUCAUUACAGUUUCAAAGUUUGAGAUUCAUGCUGGAAGUAAACUGCGUCAGCCAUUCCAAAACAUCCAUUUGGAGUCUGGGAUUUCUCUUUUACAGUGUCAGAUUGAUGCAUGGAAUAUGCAAGAGGAGUCUGAUCGGCAUGGUUUUCAUACUGUGGACAUUAUUUGUGAUGACCCAAAUGAUGAUACAUGUGGCCUCUGUGGUGAUGGUGGGGAUUUAAUUUGCUGUGACAGUUGUCCAUCAACAUUUCACCAGAACUGCUUAGAUAUAAAGAUGCUUCCUCCUGGUGAUUGGCACUGCCCAAACUGUACAUGUAAAUUUUGUGGGGUUGCUGGUGGUAGUAUGCAUGGAAAAUGUACAACUGUAGGUGCACUUCCAACGUGCAACCUGUGUGAGAAAAAAUAUCAUGAAUCCUGCAGGCAGGAUAUGGAUGCUUUAUCUGCUGAUUCAAAUUGUUCAAUCACUUCCUUUUGUGGGCGGAAGUGCCAAGAGCUCUUUGAUUGUUUACACAAGCUUGUUGGGGUGAAACAUGAACUGGAAGGAGGAUUCUCUUGGUACCUUAUUCAUCGGACAGAUCUGGACAUGGAUGCUUUGCUCCAUGGGUUUCCACAUAGGGUGGAAUGUAACUCUAAGUUAGCUGUUGCGCUCUCUGUAAUGGACGAAUGCUUUUUGCCUAUUGUUGAUAGGAGGAGUGGGAUCAAUUUGAUCCAUAAUGUUAUCUAUAAUUGUGGAUCUAACUUCAGGCGGUUGAACUAUAGUGGCUUCUAUACUGCCAUCUUGGAAAGGGGUGAUGAAAUCAUUUCAGCAGCAUCCAUCAGGAUCCAUGGGACUGCACUAGCAGAGAUGCCAUUCAUUGGGACACGUCCUAUAUAUAGACGCCUGGGGAUGUGCCGUCGUCUUUUUUGCGCCAUUGAAUCGGCGCUUUGGUCUCUCAGAGUUGAAAAAUUGACUAUUCCUGCCAUAGCUGAGCACAUGCAUACAUGGACCACGGUUUUUGGUUUCAACCCCCUUGAGGAGUCUCACAAGCAAGAAAUGAGGUUGUUGAAUAUGCUGGUGUUUCCUGGGAUAGACAUGUUACAGAAGCUGCUAGUGGAACAAAAUCUUACUGACAGAAACAUAACAGCUCACACAGGUGAAAAUUCUGCUGUAAUCAAAGACAACAAUGAUCUCAUCCCUGUUUCAGUGAAAAAUUGUGAUGUGGAUUCCUCUGCUCAGCGUGGACUUGACACUUGUGAUGAUGCUGGUUUGCAAAAAGCUGAGGAGAUGAGUGAAAAACCUGCUACCGCAGAUUCCAAUCUUCCAGUCACAGCCACUACCUCUAAUGGGAAUUCAUGUCCAAAUGGUUAUUUUGAUAUUCCUUCCGAGUCUAAACUUCAACCCUUGAUUGAGAAGACUACUCUUAGUUUGCCGUCAAUAGAGAAGUUAACUGAAUCAUCUACUGAUUUAAGGUGCUCCCCUACCUCGGAUGCAAAUAGUGUCCUUGAGAUGGAAAACCCUGUAUUCUCAGUAAAAGGUAAGUCUUCCAAAGUAGGGGUUGUGGAUAAUUUUCAUGAAACAAAUGUUAAAUCUGUUAUUACCGAACCAGUUAAAUAUGUAUUAGGUGAAACAUCAACCAUGAACACUGCUGAGAAGACAAAGGGAGAUCAAAAUCCUCCUCUUGACGUUCUGAAUGGAACUGAUGAGACUUCCAAGCAAAUAAUCUUUGAUUUGAGUCAUCACAGUGCAGUUAGCAUGGGAGGAGAGUUGAGUGCUAGUUCAGAGGGUGCUUCUGAAGCCAAAGUGGAACCUCUUGAAGGUAUGCAGUCUUCUUUAAAUGGCCAUAAGGAUGAUCCCCAUCAUGUGACAUCCGAAGUUUCCUGUGUUGCAUGUGCUCUGAAAUCUUCAGGUGGGAUUUCUGCAGAGAGUACUACAAAAAUCAAUGUAAACCAGGAUCAAGUUUCUGCAUCUUCUCCUCAUGGUGCUGAUAAGUGUUCUGUGCCACUUGCAUCUGAUUCCAUUCUGCUAGAUGCACUUGGGGUUGAAAGCAAAUUAAAUGUGGCUUCACAAGCUUCUGACGCCGAGGUUGCCUCUGAUGCUAUGGUCACUUCAGUUGAAAUUAAUGUUCGAUCUUCUGCAGCAAGUGGUUCCAGUGAUAAUGCUGAAACUAAUUGUAUUGCUGCUUGUGUUAAACCUGUGCCAGAUUGCUCCAUUGACACUUCAGGACAAAGCCAUAUUGAGGAAAUGAAUGAUAAUCUCAAUCAUGUUUCUCUUUCUUCUCUACAUGGUACUGGUCAGAGCCUCAGAGGAUGUAACUCUGAUUUGAUUCAUCAGAGUAAAUUUGAGUUGGAAGGUAAAUUUCCUGUGGAUUCAGAAGUUUCUUCUGAAGCAGAAGUAGGACUAGUAAAAAGUAGUAUUCAGUCUUCUUCAGCAGGUAACAUUGGUGGUGUUCAUGAAGUUAAUGGUGAAGUUGCUACUGUUGGAACUGAUUUUGAUUGUUUUGGGGAAGGUUGUGCGCAAAAUAAAGAGAUCAAUGAAGAUGAGGAUCCUGUUUCUGUUUCUAUCUAUGAAGUUCCUGAUAAGAGUACUAUUCAAGUCGACUCUAAUGUGAACAAGAACGAUGCAAUUGAGGAGAAAAGUGACUUGCUUGUAGCAUCAGAAGCUGCGACUGAUGAAGAAAUUGCUUUAGUUGGAAGUAAUAUUCCUUUUAAGGUGGAGGACGAUGUGGGUAAAGAUGCUCACAAUGUAAACAUCAUAAAUACCUCGUUUGAACCUGUUCUCACUUCUUCAGGUGAAACUUCUCUAGAGAAUGCAACCAAGGAUGUCAAAGAAAAUGUCUCAGUUUCAAAAUUUCAUGGAUCCAAUGGCCAUACAGUUCACUUUGAAACUGAUCAGAAGCAUAAUUAACUGAUGGAUGUAGCAACGUUGAUUUAUAAGUGCCAUAAAGCAACAAAUAUUUGGCAGGCAUUAUCUCAUGCAAAGUGGGGGAUCAAUGCUGUUUGGAUCUGCUCGUGAUUCAUAUGAUCUUGACAACCUUGCUACAUCUUUAUUACCACAUUUUCACCCAUCAUAAAGCCUGAAAUGCAGCUUACUGCCUGGUUUUGAGGGCUCUGUUGCUGUGACUUGUAUGGUCUCAAUCUGCUUUGAGCACAUAAAUGUUCAUACGGCAACAAUGUUCCAUUGGUUCCAAGUGUGAACUCCAGCUUCUGGUUGCUGACAAUGCUCGAUGAUUCUCUGUUCCAGAAGGUGGAAAGAGGUUAGUAAUUAUGUCCUUGCUGCAUCUACACGAUUACUUGUGGUUUGGCAAUAUCAGAGGCGAAGUUUAUGUGCUGAAAGGUGGAAAGAGGUUAGUAAUUGUGUCCUUGCUGUAAUUAUACCAGAAGGUUCCCCAGCAAAUGACAUUCUGAGUUUAUAAGGGGGAAUACCCUGCAUUAGCUUCUCUUAUGUACAUAUUUAGACACGAGUUGUAAAACAAUCUCUUUGCAGAAAAUGAUUAGGCUUUUGACAAAAUUGACCUCCCUCAACCCACACAAAACGGGGAGCUUGAGCUUCAUGCACUAGAGAUGCCCUUCUUUUGAAGCCUUGUCAUUUGAUACAGUAUAUCAGUCAUCAAACCGUGGAGUAGGGCAGUUGUUGGGAGAGGUCCAUCCUUCAGAAGUUGUGGAACUGCUACCAUGAUUUGUGUAAUUCACUCUAGUUGCUGCACAUCCUGAUCUUAUGAGGAAAGAGGACAAAUUAUUCUUUUUUAUGGUGCAGUGAGAACGAACACAAAGACCAUACUACUGAACUCUUUUGUAAUUUUCCAUUCUAGAGAAGUCCAAGACUUUAGUAACUGUUUGCUUUUGUUUAUAUCAAAGCUAAUAUGGAAAACGAACACUUUCUUUGAUGGUGUUUGUGAUAGUGCUUCAACACUUGUAGAUGCAGUUGAAGUUUAAGUACUAAAAUUGCUUCCUCUUCCU